GAAUCAUAAAGCUGAGGAGGAGUCCCCCUCCGAGGCUCAGAGGACCUCAGUACGUCCUCAACAUCACCGCCACGGACGACAACGCCUCUGGUGGGCCGUACCCGCUCAGCAGCUCGACCCAGGUCAUCGUAGGAAUCAAUGACAUCAACAACAACAAGCCCGUCUUCCAGGAGUGUCAGAACUACAGUCUGAACGCCGUGGUCCUGGAGAAUCUGCCUCCGGGGACGUUUGUCCUGCGAGUCCAGGCCCACGACGCCGACAUGGGCGUCAACGGGGAGGUCAAGUACGGCAUCAUGCACAGAGACGGCGUGUCGUCCGGGUUUGACAUCGACCCUGACACCGGUGUGAUCACCACGACGGCGAGCUUCGACCGGGAGCGUCAGAGGGAGUUCACGCUGUCGGUGACGGCCACAGAUCAGGCCGAGGAGCCGCUCAUAGGAAUCUGUCAGAUCACCGUCCUCAUCGCCGACCAGAACGACAACGACCCAAAGUUUGAGAACAGCCGCUACCAGUACUUCCUGCGUGAGGACACUCCCGUCGGGACUAGUUUCCUGCGAGCGGCGGCGCACGAUGACGACCAGGGGAGCAACUCGGCCAUCACGUACUCUCUGUCCAAUCAGAAGCCGGCUUACCUGCACAUCAACCCCAGUACGGGCUGGAUCUACGUCAACCACCCCAUCUCUCAG